GGCUCGCCCAGCCGCCAGUGCCUGCGAGCUCCAGGCUGCUUGGGGAAUUCACUUUGCCGCUUGGACGCUUCUCCCUCCUAGGGCUUCUCCUGGUGGCUCUCCGGCUUCGACCCUCCCCUUUUCUUUUAGACGGAAAACUUCGCUGCUGUUUCUUUUUCCUCUUGGAGGACAGGAUUAAAAGUUCCCAGAACUGGUGCUGCCUGUGCCGCUCGGGCGCUGGAACAGCUCUUGCCCGUGGGGUUCCGGUGCCACCAUGUGCACCAACAUAGUUUACGAGUGGCUGAAAGCGCUGCAGCUCCCACAGUACGCCGAGUCCUUCGUGGAUAACGGCUACGAUGAUCUGGAGGUGUGCAAGCAGAUCGGGGACCCGGACCUGGACGCCAUCGGGGUGCUGGCGCCCGCGCACCGCCGCCGCAUCCUGGAGGCCGUGCGCCGGCUGCGGGAGCAGGACGCCGCGGCCGCCGGCCUCUACUUCACGCUCGAGCCGCAGCCGCCGCCCGCGCCGCCCGCCGUCGCCGUCCCCACCGGCCGCCGGGGGGAGCAGUGCGGCGGCCCGGCUCCGGGCCCCCGCGGGGACCCCCGCGGCCAGACGGCCGCCCCCCGCAGCAGGGAGCUGGUGAGCUACCCCAAACUGAAGCUGAAGAUCAUGAUCAGGGAUAAGCUCGUCCGCGACGGUAUCCACCUGAGCAAGCCCCCGUACUCCCGCAAGGUCCCAAUGGCUGGCAUCCUAGAGUACUUAAUGAAUUGGCCGAAGUCAUCACAGAACCGCUAGAUAUCAUUUUUGAGAACUCGUGGAGGACUCAUGAGGUGCCUGAAGACUGGAAAUGGGCAUAUUUAGAAACUUCUUUCAAAAAGGGAAAUGGAUGAUGACCCUGGAAAUACUCAACAGCUUAACUUUUUGCUUGGAAAAAUUCUGGAAUAAUCAACUUAGUACACUGGGUAACUAACUUAUAAUAGCUAGAAACAAGGCAGUAAAAACAUCAUACAUGAAGAGGUACUGAGUUUGGUUUUUGAGAUCAGGUCUUGUGCCUGUUUUGGGAAUCCUCCCCUCCAUUCUCUGAAUUCUUGAUGGCUAAGACGUUUGGGUGAUAACUAAUUUUAAGUGUAAUUCAAGACAAAAAGCAGGUUUCUGGCAUUGGCUCAUCAUUACGUCAUUUCCAUAUGAGCCUUUAAUUUGAGAAUUAGGGCCUUUACUUUUAUAUUUUAGCAUACAUCUUUUUUUUUUUCACUCCAUAUAUGACUGUGUUUUCAUGGGUUGAGAUAUUUUAUAUGAUUCUCUAUAGAAUAGUUUGGUGACAGAACUCUUAUUUUAAGGUGCUUUUCAUAGUUAUUUCGUGUAUAGGUAGGAUCAUAGAGCUGAUGAAUUGAGGAACAUCGGCAAGGGGAAAGGGUUUGUUCUGACUUCUAGCGUUUAAUUUAACCUAAAGUGUAGUGUUAGGACCAGGAAUGGUAUCUUGCUCUCACAGACAACUGAGCAAGAUCAGCUAUGUAACUUGAUCUCUAGUUUUCCUCACUCCUUGGGGACUGUCAUGUCCAUUGCUGUUCUCCAUCCCCCCUCCCCCCACCCCAUUCAGGUUUCUGAUGUCAGGCCCAUGGGGGCAGGGAGGUCAGCAGUGGCAGCCAUUAGGAGCCCUGCAUAACCACAGCCCAAAAGGAGAGUAGAAUAGAGUGGGGGAAGGACAUCAAGACACAUCUGGAGUCUUUCUAAUUUUUACUGUGCCUGCCUUUGGCUGU